UUUUAAAUUCCAUUCCAACAUUGAGUGAGCUGUGGGACUUUUUUCCGUGUUGGAGGAAAUGUUUGCCAUCCUAGCUGGUAUGGGCUGAAUAGUUUGUUCAGAUAACAGCUGCACGUCUUGACUGCAGCUUUAUGUCGCUGCCUCCGCCUUUUCCUCGUCUGUUUCUCAGGUGAGUCGCAGUUAAUCUCAAACGAAAACCCAAGUUUUUCUGUCCAUUAGGAAACAACAUCGGACGGACAAAGUAUGUGAAUCAGCUUGGUCUAUUACCGGUUCGUCCUCAUCAAAAAAAAAUGAAGAAAUUAUUUUUGUUUCUCCUUUUCUGUCACGGUUCAUCAUCAGUCAAACACUCAGUGAAGUAUUUCCUCACUGCGUCUUCUGGACUCCCAAACUUCCCUGAGUUUGUGGGUGCGUUACAGGUUGAUGACAUUCUGGUGGCUUAUUGUGACACCAACACACAGAGAGUAGAACCGAAACAGGAGUGGGUGAAACUUUUUUUAGAAAAGAAUCCUGAGCACCUGGAGAUUUACAGAAGAGAGUGUUUUGAGGAUGUGCCUUCUUUCUUCAAAGACAGGAUUCGUGGUUUGAAGCACCUCUUCCGUCAGAGUGGAGGUGUCCACAUUUUACAGAAGAUAACUGGCUUUGAAUGGGAUGAAACAACUGGAGAGGUUAUUGGUUUUAUGCAGUUUGGUUAUGAUGGAGAAGACUUCAUAUCAUUCGACUUGAAGACAAAAACAUGGAUCGCUCUGAAACCAGAGGCUGCCUUAUUCAAACUGAGAUGGGAUGCUGACAAAAGCAGAAUAACAUACACUGAGUCCUUAUUAACUCAGGUUUUUCCUGAGUUGCUGAUGGACUAUGUGGACUAUGGGAAGAUCUUUCUGCUGAAAACAGAGCGUCCCUCAGUGUCUCUCCUCCAGAAGACUCCCUCCUCUCCACUCAGCUGCCACGCUACAGGUUUCUACCCUGACAGAGCCGAGAUGUUCUGGAGGAAAGAUGGAGAGGAGCUUCAUGAGGACGUGGAGCACGGAGAGAUCCUCCCCAACCAUGAUGGAACCUUCCAGAUGAGUGUUGACCUGAACAUUUCAUCAGUCACACCUGAAGACUGGGGGAGGUAUGAAUGUGUGUUUCAUCUCUCUGGUGUGAAGGAGGACAUCGUCACCAAACUGGACAAAGCAGAGAUCAGGACCAACUGGGGUAAAACUGGCAUUAGAAAUGAUGGAGAGAAGCCGACUGACAGGACCGUCCUCAUCAUUGUUCCAGUGGUUGUUUUCAUCUUCAUCUUCAUCACUGUCAUUGGAUUCAUGGCUCACAAAAAGAAGAAAGCCACACGCCCUCCACCUUCUUCUGACAACGACACUGAGCUGUCUACAAAACUGAAUCCAGAAACCUGAUUGUCAGACACACUCAGAGAGUUUCCUCAUAUGGGAUGGAAAACACUUCUGUCUGACAGUUUUCCUUUAUCUUCCAGGUCUUAUCUUAACUUCCACUGUUUCUUUUAUCUGCUUUUUCUUAAUAACAUCCAAGCUGGAAACACUUUGAUGUGUGUCAGCCUCAGAAACCUUAAAGGUACAGAGGCACCCAAACUCAUAAUCUCUUCUUGUGAUGAAUUAGUGAAACCAUGUUCUUUGCUUUGAUUAG